AGCGGAUCCCACUACCCCACAUUACUGACAGUACCCCACACCACUUCCCGCAAUCCCGCAAUCAGCGUGAACUGCCCUGCCGUCGCGUCAACCGCGUCUCUCCAACAACCGCAGCGUCAGACAAGACGAGACAGACCAAAGCACACAAAAUGGAUCCGCUACCACGCCCGCAAAGCUCGCUCCUCACCUCCCCUCCCGAGCUCACCCCCACCGAGCAAGAGGUCCUCGAAGAGUACGAGCGGCUCGCCGAGAACAUGAAAAAGCUCGCCGCCCUCCUGGACACCCUGGCCAGCGCGCCGGCGGCCGACAUCCUCGACGGCCUGCGCGAGCUCGAGCGCAAGACCAGCCUCGUGUUCACGCUGCUCAAGGCGAGCGUGUACAGCAUCGUGCUGCAGCAGGAGAUUGACUGGGGCGGGGGCGGGGGCGGAGCAGGCGGUGCAGGAGGUGGUGCAGGAGGUGGUGAUGGAGGGUCGGGGGCAUGAGCAGGGACGGG